CGCAAUCGAGUCUCCUCUCGCGCAUAUGCGCAUCAAUAACAAUCAGGGGAUUAACUGGCCGCAUCGAGCCGCGCGCUCAGGGGCACUUUUUGCCGUGCAGUGAUCUUCCGAUCACUGCGAUCUUCGUCGAUCUAGCUCGCCCGUUCGUCGCGAGGCGCAUAUAAAAAGACCGUGAUAGAACGUGAUACGGAGCAGUGUAGCACGACGUAUGUCCGGUCUCGCAUCGACAUCCUCUGCGAGCGAUCGAUCUCGCGUAACGCGCGAUACGUGCGUGUAGGAUCAUACACGGCCGUUCCCUCUCGAAGCCGGGCACACGUGAGAUCAUCCGUUCUCGGUUCGCUGGCAACGCUAUAAAAGAUGUCGCAACCGGAACAGGGCGGCAGUGUGCAGUGCGAAAAAGACAUGUCGACGUCCAAGAGCAGCUCGUUGUUGCGCCUGAAUCAGGAGGGCCGGCGCGGUUCCGCCGACUGGCCGGACCACGGCGACACCGACUCGGAGAUCAGCGAGAGCGACUUUCUCACCAAGGGCGCCUUCCUACUCACCCCCAGUCACGAGCUGAGCAUGGAGAAGGCCGCCACCAUCUGCGAGAAGAUGAACUUCCGAGGUGCAUUUUCUUUGACGAAGACCGCCACCGGUAUUCUCUUCAAGUUCAGCAACAUCGAGGACUUUCAGGCGGUGUAUAAAAAAGGCUUUCACAAAGUGACGGGUGCUCGUUUCUACAAAAAGGUCGCUAUACCAUGUAGACCGGCAAAGAUCUUCACGGUCUACGUUCUAGAUGUGCCCGAAGAGCUGCCGGAGGAUGAUAUUAGACACGCUCUCUACAAAUAUCGAUCUAUCGUCGAAGUAACCAGGCUACCCCUGAAUACGGGAACUGUUUUGAAGGCCAUCAAUGACAAGCUAAAGAGCGACGCGCAGAAUCUGAACGAGCCGGCGACGAUUUAUACGGGGCCACCCGUUAUAAGGGUUACCCUGGCCAGCGUGGAGGAGACCUCGAUGCUGCUGAGCCGUGGUUUGGAUUUUUAUGGGGCCACAUAUUUCCCCACCGAAACGCCCAAUCCAGCCGCUCAACCCCUCGCAAAAUACAAAAACAACAGAUGGAUCGAGCUGGCGUCAAUCGGUACGGGACAAAGAGUGAGGGACCUACUUCCGGUCUUUGACAACGCGGGCUUCAACAAAUUGCCACCUCCGGCGAGCCGUGUAAUAAAACCGCAAAGAAACUGACACGUCCCCCGUCCGGCGGCGGCGCCCCGAAUUCUUCAGCCGCCGCCACCGUCGUCGUCGCCGCCACCGCCGCUGCCGCCGCCGCCGCCGCGAUCGAUAACGGCAACGAAUCCAGGGAGGACGCCACCGCGAGGACGACGUUACGACCCGGCGACGACACUGAUGCAGACUACCUCGAUCGAAAUCCGGACAGUAGCGCGAGGAUCCGCUUUGAGCGAUUUCAACGCGACUCUGACGCUUCGUCGAUCGCGACGUAUGAAAAAACGAGGUUUACCGCCGUACGUAUACGAGAUAACGCAUAAGAGAAGCGAGAUAUCAGGAAGAUCACAUAUUUCAAAUCGAAUGGAACAAUCGAGUAAAAAUUUGAAAUCUAUAGGGAGAUCUAACGCAAAGACGCGUGCACUGUUUUCUUCUCUUUUACACAGCUCGAUUAUUUGAUCUACAGAGAGCAGACAUGUAUACGCGAAGAGACUAGAUUUAUAUUUUAUCCUCAGUAUGGACGCAGCUGAAUAGUAAAUGCUAACAUAAAUGUUAAUUUGGCUAAUAAAAGCGAGGCGUGGAAAUUUGUGAGAUUACACGAUGAGUCGUCCUUUUCGAGCGGCCAGUGAUACGACACGUUGGACGGUUAAGCACAUAAUAAUACGUCGGCGCAUGUCGCACGCUGCCUCUCGCUAUCGUUCUUGUUAUUCAAGAGAAGAAUAUUGUUCAUAUCAGUCGCGCCGACUCACAUAAAACAUUGAUACGCGCGUAGUUACUUUAACGCGUCAUGCUCGGCUCCGACUCUCGAUCGAAUCACUAAAAAAAAAGUUUGUUAAAAAAACUAAAAGAUUUAGACCGAUACAACCAACUAAACAUUGGAUUAAUUCAACAAUUAUUUAGUGCAUUGGUUAUAAAUUAUAGAUUAGAGUUCAGUUAAAUUCACAUAAAUUCAAUUUUAAUUCGUUUCCUUCUGGUUAGUUGAAUUCUAAUUUCCAAUUCGUAAUCCUUAAUCUCUAACGCUUAACCAAGCUUUCUAAGAGAUAUUCUGCACAGCUAUAUCGAAAAUGAGAACGCGUGGGCAAUUGACAAUGAAUUAUCGCGUGUAUAUGUGUGUUAAGAACUUUGAGCGAUUUAUUUUAUUCGAAUAAAAGAAGAAAUCUUUCCGCAUCGCUCGCAAUAAAGAGAAAUUAAAGAAAAAUUUUCCUUCACUAUAUCUAAUGACGUUUCACAUAUCUUAUUAUCGGAUUGAUUACGAAUUUAAGUAGGUAAGAAAAUUAUCCCUCUGGGUACGAUAUGGAAAGAAAAGAACUACUCGUCAAAAGAUUAAUUAAAUUUUGUUCGUUCUCUCUAUGUUAUACAAGCCGGUUAAAACGGAAAUCCGGUUAAAGCAUAAGUCCAGCCGUAUAUCUCUUAGACGCAUAUGCGACCGAUGGAGGGUCAAGCGUAAUGUGCAAAGGGAAACUGCAUUAUACGCUCGUGACUCGUCGAGCCAUUUCUCGACACGCACACGCACCGUAAGAUACACCGUGCCGGUUCGCAGGUCGACGUGAUUUCUAAUCCCGUCUCCCUCGCAUGCAGCGAAGGUUCCUAUUUUUCCGUCGGCGAAAAGGUCAGCGCCGCAAUAUUAUAUCGUAAUAUAUAUGAAAUUACCGUUCCUAUCAGUCGCUUACUUUUGCGCCAGUCACGCGACUAACAUUACCUUAAAAAGCACUAAGUCGAUCACGCGCCAGAAAUUAAUCCACCGGUGCGCCGAUAAUCAGAAUUUCAUCGAGCAAAGUAAUCGAAUCUUAGUAUACACAGUGGCUCUUACGAAAGCAUAUUCGAAUUUCAUCGUUCAAGUACUUUCAGGGAUUUAUAUACGGAAAGAACGAUUUUGCUCAAGUACCUAAAAAUUUAGCUCGAUAUAAAUCUGAAAAUAAUUUUGUUGGGCCAUCAAAAUAUAAUUAUACAUGACACUCAACUACAAUGAACGAUGUUGCAUUGUAAUGCGACAAAUUUUUAAAAAUUUUAAUAUUUUUCCCGUGUAGUAUACAUAAAAAAAAAAUGGUUUCGCUCAAGUAUUUAAAAAAAUAUUUAGCUAGAUAUUUAAAAAUAAUUUUUUGUUAGACCAUUAAAAUAAUUAUGUAGAAUACGCAAACUGGUUGCUAAAAUGUCAAAACUUUUUGCAGCAUUGUUCUCGGCGCUUAAACGCCCUUCAUCAAUUAUUUUUAUGAUCUAACAAAAAUAUUUUCAGAUCUAUAUCUAGCUAAAUUUUUAAACACUUCAGCAAGAUCGUUUUUUCCGUGUAUAUGUAAAAAUUAAAAAUUCGAUAAAAUAAAUAAUUUGUUGUCAACUCCAAUAAAAAAUGUAUUAUUUUUUUUAUUGCGCUCUUUUCACGGUCCUCGACCUAUUUUAGAAGUGGUGACCCCUCAGCGUAUUUCUGUAGUGUGCGUUUUAUAGUUUACACAAAUAUACGGGACAUGCAGUUUUAACGCGAUUCCAAACGGCCUAGUUAGAAGGGGGGUUCUAAUGGCAAGAUACUUUCAUUGUCUUCCGAAAAGUAGCGAUCGAAUAAAAUCCAAUAUCUCUGAUCGGAUUUGAACCCGGACCUUUGGCACAGAAAGCAAUCACACAACUCGUUACGUCACGAUCGCAUACAUUUAUUGCACUGGUGGAUUUUUGAAUAUUAAAAAUUACCUGUUCGUAUUAGAGGCUUUCUUCGAUUACAUAAAUUAUUACAUUGCGAGUACAAACAAUUGUAAAGAAAUUAUUUUAAUAUGAUACUUUUAAAAUUGUAACAUUCUCGUUAGAAGAUUGCAAAUUUAUUAAUGAUAUGUUUAAGUGUAGCUAAGCUAUAUUUCUAAUACUAAAUUAAUGACUCAAUUUUAUAAUUGAAAAAUUUGAGAGCUAGUAUUUAUGUUUACUUGUAAUAAUAUCGCUAUUGAAACAAAUACAUUAAUAUCUUUAAUUUAUACCAUAAAUCUUCAAACUUCUAAAUGCUAAAUAUUUUAAGUCAAUGUAUUUUGUUGCGUUAAAUUAGUAAGUUUAAAACGUGUUAAAAUAAAAAUAAAAAAUUAAUUGUAAUCAUCUGUCAUAAUAUUUUAAUUACAACGUUCAAUGUGGCAUUAUAUACUUUUUUAUUAAUAUAUUUUUUAACAGAGAUUAUUUAGAAAUGCGAUUGCUAAAUAAUCAAAAAAUACAACGUUGUGUGAAAAAAUAAAAUAUUCAUAAACGAG